AUGGAGAGAUGGAUUAAUCAGACCACUGGAACUGACUUUAUUCUCCUGGGGCUAUUCCACCACACCCAAGCACCCACACUUGUCUUUGCUCUCAUCUUCCUGGUGUUCAUCAUGGCUCUUGUUGGCAAUGUGGUGAUGAUGAUUCUCAUUUGGUUGGACUCUCGACUUCAUACGCCUAUGUACUUUCUUCUGAGCCAACUUUCCUUCAUGGACCUCAUGUAUAGCUCCACCUUUGUCCCCAAAAUAGCCAUUGACUUUCUGUCUGGAAGGAACACCAUUUCUUUCAUUGAUUGUGGAAUUCAGUUGUUCCUCUUCAUGACUCUGGUGGGAGCAGAAUGUCUUCUCCUGGCUGUCAUGGCUUAUGACCGCUAUGUGGCUAUAUGCCACCCACUCCAUUAUGCAAUUCUUAUGCGCCCUGCAAUUUGUGGCUCCCUGGUGGUUGGGACCUGGCUGGGUGCACUUCUUAAUGCCUUGAUACAUGUCAUGUAUGCGCUAAACCUUCCAUACUGUGCCUCCAGGGAAAUCCAUCAUUUCUUUUGUGAAAUCCCAGCUCUUCUGAAACUUGUUUGUGCUGACACCUCUCUAUAUGAGCAUGGUCUUUUUGUCAGUGGUGUCGUGUUCCUUCUCAUUCCAAUAUCAGCCAUCAUGGUCUCCUAUGGACAGAUUCUCUCAACUGUUUUGGGAAUAGGAUCCAAGUUGGGGAUGAAAAAGGCUUUGGCUACCUGUUCUUCCCAUAUGAUUGUGGUGUCUCUCUUCUAUGGAACAGCCAUCAUGAAGUAUUUUUUGCCCAAAGCCUAUCAUACUGCUGAGCAAGAUGAAGUAGUUUCUGUCUUCUACACUAUUCUCACACCCAUGCUGAAUCCACUAAUCUACAGUCUUCGAAACAAAGAUGUGACUGGGGCCCUGAAGAAAGUUCUGGGAAGGUGA